AUGAUGAAUAAUAAACUCCUCUUGUUAAUACUGUUUUCAACAACUGCGAAUGCACUCUCUUUCAACGAAGUCUCGCGUAGGAGUUUCGCGCAGUCACUGUCUCGCACGUGUGGAGUGAUUGCAGGCAUGGUCGUUCCAACACAGUUGAUUUCUCAAGGAGCAGGAGCUAGUAUUGCUUCCGAUGUUCGGCCUUUCUGUGUUGUUGGAGCCAACGGAAAAACGGGUACCAAGUGCGUUCAAGAAUUGAUAGGGAUGGGGAUUCCUGUCCGGGCAACUUCGCGCUCGGGAGUAUACAACGAAGGAAUUGACAGUAAUCCUCUGUUGAGCCCCAUGGUGUGCGAUGUCACCAAGUUAGAUACCAUUCAAAGCUCGAUUGAAGGUACUCGGGCUGUCAUUUUUGCAGCAUCGGCAUCGAAGGGAGGUGGGACACCAGCUCAAGUCGACAAUGAUGGACUUGUAAAUGUCGCAAAAGCCUGUAUAGCGGCCAAAAUUCCUCAUUUGGUGGUUGUCAGUUCUGGGAGUGUCACCAAACCAGAAUCGCCUGUCUUCAAAUUCCUUAACCUCUUUGGGAAGAUUAUGGAGGAAAAGAUCAAGGGUGAAGACGAAGUAAGACGCCUAUAUAGCACUGUCGAAGGCGCAACGUAUACCAUUAUCCGGCCAGGAGGGCUGACAGAAGAUCCAGGACGGGGUGCCAGUGCUUUGGAGUUGAACCAAGGUGAUGCAAAGAGUGGCAGAAUCAGCCGUUUCGAUGUUGCCGCCCUUUGUAUCGAGGCUACCUACUAUCCUCAACUGACCGGGAGGACAACGUUCGAAUGCUACGAUGCCGACACUGGCAAAAGUCUGAAUAGUGUAGGAGCAAGCAACAUUCUGAAGCAAAAAAGUGAUCCCGGCGAUUUCCGAACUGGAUAUGAAAGGAAUGGAGAGACUUUUGAAAAACUCUUUACUGGUCUAUCGAAAGACUAA